AAAUAUCAAACGGACAAACAAAUGUUAAGAGUGGGUAACCUAAGCAACAAAACAGGGUCCGAAGCAGUCAUAAAACCCUAACGAUGUCUUAAUCUCCAACUCGUACGCAAACGCGGCUCGCAUCGGCGCCAAGGAGAAAGCAGAUAACCAAACCGAAUCAAAAAACCAUGGCGGACAAAGCUGUGACGAUUAGAACGAGGAAGUUCAUGACUAACAGGCUCCUCUCAAGGAAGCAGUUCAUUAUUGACGUUCUGCAUCCUGGGAGACCUAAUGUCUCUAAGGCUGAGUUGAAGGACAAGUUGGCAAGUUUAUAUGAAGUGAAAGACCAGAACACAAUAUUUGUGUUCAAGUUCCGUACGCAUUUUGGAGGUGGGAAAUCAACUGGGUUUGGGCUGAUAUAUGAUUCUGUGGAGAAUGCGAAGAAGUAUGAGCCAAAGUACAGGCUGAUCAGGAAUGGACUAGACACAAAGGUUGAAAAAUCAAGAAAACAAAUGAAGGAAAGGAAGAACAGGUCCAAGAAAGUCCGAGGUGUAAAGAAGACUAAAGCUGGAGAUGCUGCCAAGGCGGGGAAGAAGAAGUGAGAACUAAAAGAUAGCAAAGGGCUAACCUUUUGCAGUAAUACACCUGUGUACUUAACAUUUUUCUUCUCUUUCUUAGCUGUCAAACAUUCAAUGUGUGUUUUUGAUCUUUUUACUUGAGAUACUGUUUGUCAUGUUUGCCAGCAGACGUUUUGUUGUUACUUACUUUUGAGAGACACCGAUAGAUAUACUGCUAAAUUAGAGUUUUGAUAGGCUAAAGUAAUUGCAACCAUUUCUUUCUUUUUCUA